AUGCCUUGGAUUUAUAACUUUCAUGGUCAUGACCAGGGAGACGAAACUGUCCUGAUCAUCGUUAUCAACCUUCUGUUCCCGAUUCUCGCAGUUUUCGCCGUCAUCCUGCGAUUUUAUGUCCGAUAUUUUACGAAUCGUUCCCCAUGGGUGGACGAUUAUGCUGCUUUAUCCAGUGCACUUUUGACGUUGGGGCGGGCGGGACUUGUCAUUGCUGCACGACUAAUUAUGGGUGGAACAAUAGUGACACGAUGGGGAGUUGGGUUGGAUGACACACAUAUUCCACCGGAAAAUGAUCUCCCUAUUGGCAAGUUGCAAUAUAUCGCUGGGCCUUUCUACACCCUCGGCCUCCUCGGUUUCAAGAUUGCGUUAUUGGCCUCGUACCUUCGUAUGGGAGGCUUUAUCAGGACAUAUCGCAUUAUAAUCAUUAUUGUCCUCGUCGCCGUUACCAUCAACCAAGUUUUGUUCACACUCCUCAUUUGUUUUAAAUGUACGCCGCUUGCGAAGCAAUGGGAUCCCGCUAUUCCAGGGCACUGCAUCGACUCGCUUGCUGUUUACUACGCCAUUGCCGGAACGAGCAUUGCCUUUAAUCUCAUCAUCAUCGCCCUUCCUCUGCCUGUUCUCUGGAGGCUGUCUUUGCAACGCAAACAAAAGCUCGUGUUGACGUUCAUCUUCGCGCUUGGAUUCUUCAUCACUGUUAUCCAAGUCAUCCGCAUCUUGACUUUGGCAAACCUGUUAGUCUAUUUCAACAGUCGGACUACCAUUAUCUGGAGUACUAUCGAGCUCUGCUUAGGGACGAUCAUCUGCUGCGUUCCAACUUACGGCCCUCUCGCCAGGGCCGUUGCGACUACCCUCCGAGGACGUUUACGGAUGCCUUCUUAUCUCCUCAACUCAUGGCCUCGAGCCAAAUUAUCCCGAGAAUCCCCCGAAACGAGGCUCCAUACUAUCCAUGGCGCAAAUGAGACGCGGAAUACGACGACAAUUAGCUCUAGCCAUCCAGAUAAUUGGUCAGACCUAAGCGGGGACGAGUGUGAGCAUCAUACUAGCCCAGGGGGUUUCCCCGGGCACAUCCACACCACUACACAGUUCUCGGUUGAGAAGAGCAUA